AUGGUGGCCUCAGCACCGAAACAAAGGUCGUAUGGCAUAUCGGAUUACCUUCGUCUGUCCACAACGAGUAGCGAUACUUCGACAUUGCCAAGUGCGGCAUGGACGCCGCUCAGCUUGAGCACUUGUACGUUUGGCAUGCCCGCUCAUUACGCCCCUUGCGUAAUGAAAAGACUACCUAAGGACGUUGUCUACGCAGAAGAGCUAUUGUAUCCUGCUUUCGAGAUUCGCCAGCCUUACUUUGCAACCGAGGAGCACGAGGAGCGCUGGAAAUACAUGGUGGUGGGUAUCAAAGAACGGGCAGUAUUACAGGAUAACGGUUGGGUGGUGUAUAAAGGACAAUCGGGCCAGAAUUUCGUGUUUAAUAGCGUCUCUUUUAAACAUUCGGUUGAUGGAUAUGACCGCUGGACGGCCGACGCCUGUAUGGGAGGGCUUGUCUCGUCGGAACGACUUCAACCCUUCAAUGCGGCCGAAGUAAUUUGGAAAAAUAACGCCACGACGAUUUAUCGCAACGCCAUGGUUGCCCUUUCGCCUGAUUCGUAUUCUUUCCAACAUCAUCUUGAUCGUAUAACGCACAUUGUCACGCAAGGUGCACACCUCACACUUCGCAGUGAAGUCCCGUUUGUUAUAACAGGCCGCCGUGGGAGUGACUUCGUUCAGCAGCUCUGGGAACGACUAGGAUUUGACGAAGAACACGUCUUGCAUAGUGUCACGGACGAUAUUUAUGCGGAAAGGAUGAUUUUUUCUUGCCGGGCGAUUUUGGUGCACCCUUGGUUGUCCCUCAAGACUCUUGAAACAUUUGGGAUCAAUGUCUUGAGAGUGUCAUCGACGAGAAAUAAGGUUUGUCUAAUAAUGUACAUGUCUCGAUCCAACAGUCGUGCUCAAAAUGGCGGUCGCAAGGUUAUCAAUGAGUCGGCUCUUCUUGAUGCGAUACGGGAACUUCUCGAAGAACGAGGCAAGGGGGAAGAGCUUGUCGUGUUUGACGAGACACGGUAUGGCUCCGCCUCCGAGCUUUUCACGUAUUUCAACGAGAACGUUAUGGCUAUCAUCGGUCCUCAUGGUGGAGCGAUGCAUCAUCAUCGGUGGGCUGCCCGGGGUACUCUCGUUGUGGAGAUGAUGCCGACAACAUUUACGUCGAUGGCGAUAUACGAGGAGGCAUCAGUGCUAUCGCAGACGUAUGCGGUCCUUGUGGUGGAGCCGAGCGAGCUGAAGGGGACGGAUAUGGUCAUCGAUCCGGGACAUGUUUUGAGGAUUCUAAGAGAGCAUUUAGGUGUGAGGAUGCAUAAACCUCAUCAUGCGGAGCAUAUGGGAUUUUUGGCGUUGAGGAAUGGCGGAAAGAGAACAGAUCGUGUUGAGUACGAGUCUUUAGCUGAAGAUCCGCUGAGGAUUAGUUAUCAAUGGGGUAGGCAGGAACUUGGGUUGUAA